AUGGAAGACAUCGAUUUCACGAUUGAUGAGACAGACCCCGAGGUACAACAAGGCUCUGGGAACUUCACUGUUCUAAAAGCCCACUAUUUACUUCAAAAAUACCUUAAAUCUUCAGAUCUUAGCUCAAUCACACAUACAGCAGCCGAGAUCCACAAUAUGCUUUGCGUCCAAAAUGCUGAUCCCAACGGAGAUGACUCAAAUGCAGAGUGGGAGCAUACUAUGUUCACUCAUACACUCUUGGACUUGGUGGGCAAAAUCCCACAUUCCCAUCCAGCCCAAGACGAUAUUAUUCGCUUAUUGGUCAGACUCAAAACCUCAACCAAGCUUAAUAUUGCUGUCAAUGAUCCAGAAUACGAAUGGCAAUUUUACGUCGGCCUCACCUACUUUUAUCGGGCUUUCAGAGAACGAUGCUGUGAUGCUCGUUUUGACCCUUCUACUUCCGAAGAGACACAGUUUAUCAAUGAAUCGGCCUUUCUGGCUCGUUUGUCGGCUGCGCACAUGUAUUCCGAUGCGAGUGUUGCUGUGACUGGCUUAUGUCAAACAUUGGAAACAGAGGACGCCUCCGAAAAUCCUCGUUACAAUGGCUUUAUUGCUGCAGCAUCCAUGUGGAUAAUUCAUGCUGGUCAGUGGAUUUUCGCCGAAGUCGUUCGGUCACCUCGUGGAACCAGCAAAGGAGACGAGGGAAUAUGGAGCAAUGGUCCACUCUACACAGGCUCUGUUCAGGGCAUAGAGCGUUGGAAAUUUUGGCGAAAGGCAUUGGAAGACUCUCAGGCAAACGUUCAAAUUAGUUCUGAGUCCCGAGCCCUCGCAGGAAAAGCGAAAGACUUUAUGGAUGCUGUUGAAAGACUAAAUACCUAUUGA